AUGAAAAAAAUAUAUAGGCAAACGAAAACAGACGAAAUAUUUCAAUCGCAGAAAAACAAAUAUCAUCAUUUAAUAAACAAAAAUCACAUAUAUAAUAAUAUAUAUUUAAAUUUGGACGUAUAUGAAAAAUGGAGGAAUCUAACAAUUGACAAAGAUGAAAAUAAGCACUGGAAUGAGAAAUCGUUAAAUAUGGUACUGAGUGCAGAUGCAAAUUUAAUGGACAAAGAAGUAAAGAAUUUGCUAAGAAGAGGUAUAUCUGAUUCCUUAAAACAUCUAAUAUGGUUACGAUCAAACGACGUCAAUUAUUUUGUCAUUAAUUUUCCGCAUUUUUAUGAAACAACCAUAUAUAAUACAUUCGGUGAAAAGGUACCUACUAAUUUAUCUAAUGAUUGUCCAACAUUUUGUGGUGGAAUUUUAGGGUUACAAGAAGACAUAAUGUGUGUACAAACAAAAAUUGAAGAACUAGAAAUUGAGAAUAAUGAUAAUUGUGGGCAUUUCAAUAUUAAUGAUUCUACUAGUAAUAUAUUGCAGUUACUAUUUAAUCAUCCAAAUGAUAAUGAGAAAAAUAGUGACAAAUAUUUAUUACCUGAACAUAACUUUUGGUUAGAACCGAAAACAUUAAGUACUCCAAAUUUUGCUUUUACGAAUAAAAAGAAAAAGAAGAAAUUUUUAUAUAUAGAGAAUGUAAAAAAUAAAUUUUUGAAAAGUAAAAAGAUUGAUCAAUAUUUAAGAGUUGCGUCUGAUUCAGUUUUGCCUUAUUCCAAUAAUUUUAUAUUAAAAAAUAUAUCCAAUAAAAUUUCUAAAUAUAAAUCUAAUAAAAAUAUGGAUAAGAAAGGAUUUUUUGGUAAUAUACAUACUAAUAUAAACAUUUUUAAUAAUAACAAUAGUAAUAUAGAGAAUAAUGAUGACAAAAAAAAAGAAGAAAACAAUUCAACCAAUAAUAAAGUAAAUAAAGAAAAUACAAUCAAAUUAUCUAAUUGUAGUGAAAGUGAAAAAAAUAUUCUUAUUAAAGAUGAUAUUAUUAUAUUUCACAACACAAAUGAAGAUAAUGUGAAUGUUAAUGAAGAGGAAGAUGGUGAUGAGGAAGAGGAUGAUAAUAUUAAUGGAAAUAAUAAUUAUGAAAAUGAUGGGGAUAUUAAAAUGAAUACUUAUUAUCGUAAUAAUACUGAGCACAAUAUACAUAUAUCAAACAGAAAUAAUAUAAAUAAUAUUCAUAAUAGUAGUAUAUAUAAUAAUAACUUUGAAAGAGAUAAUUGUGUUUUUACGAAUAAUUAUGAUAUUCCUGAUUCUAAUAAAUACUUACAUAUUCAAUUUUAUAUGAAUGAACAAUAUAUUAUAAGUAAAAAACAAGCUGAGAAAAUGAAUAAAGCAAAAUUAUAUUUAAGAUCAAGAAGGAAAAAAAAAAUGCACAAACCAAGAGAUAAUUUAAGAACAAAAAGUUGUCAAGAAUCGAACACUAGUAUAGGAGCACACGGAUCAGAUAGCUCCUUAUCAAAUUAUUCUAAUGAAAAAACAUUAAAUGAUGAUAUGGAAUCAUUUACAUUACAUAAAGGUUCUAGUUAUAAUCGUACAAAAAGUUUUUUCAAAAAAGCAUUUGGUACCAAAUAUACACAGCCUAAAAGAAAUGAACGCAAAUUAUCAGAUCAUAUUUCUUUAUUACUUAAAAAGACAUUAAAUGUUGAAAAUUAUGAAAAUGAUAAUAUAGUACCACAUAAAUAUUUGGGAGAUUCAUUGGAUGAAAGAUAUAAGAACACUAAAAGAAAUUUUGCUCAAGAAAAUGACGAAACACAUGGAGAAGAUAACGAUGAAUUAACAGAUGAAGAACAAGAUGAAUUAGGAAAUGAGCAAGGAGAAAAUAAUAAACAAAGAAAAAAAAAGAAUAAGAAUAAAAAGAAUACUAAAUAUAAAGAAUUAAAUGAAAAUGAAAUAAAAGGAAAUCAUAGAAAUAUAAUACAAAAUAUGCAAUAUGGUUAUCAUAAAUAUAAUAUUGAAUAUAAUGGGAAAAUGUACGAUGCAGAAUAUGAGAAAGAUGAUAAUAAUAUUGUAAAGCUUAGUGAAUAUAAUUCAAAAGAGAUUGAAAAGAAUGAUGGUGGUUCUGUUGAUUAUAAUGAAAAAGAAAUACAUAAUUUAAAAGGUGAAGAAAAAACAAAUAAGAAAUCUAUUUUGGGUAUGCUAAAACAUAUUUUUUAUAAAAAAAAAAAAGAAAAUGAUGAAGAUACUUUAGAUAAAGAUAUAAUGAAUAAAAAAUAUAUAAAUGAAUUAGAAAGCAAAGGAGAUCAAAAACUAAAUAAUUUUACAUAUCAUAUGAAAAAUGAUUAUAUGAACGAUAACACGAAUAGUAAGUCAUGGACAAAACGUGAUAUAUAUAUAGAUAAAAAGAAUCAUUAUAAAAAAUAUAAUAUGUAUAUAAAUAAUAAACAAAAGAUAAAAAGGGAAAAUGAAAUUGAUGCAUUUGGUGAUACAUUUGAUGAUUGUAAAUGUGAUUUAAAUGAGGAAGAAAAAGAUAGUAAUGAAAAAAAUUAUGAUACAAACAAAAGUUCCGCAAAAGAUUUAAAAACAAAUAAUAAUAAUAAUGAUAAUAAUAAUAAUAAUAAUGAUAAUAAUAAUAAUAAUGAUAAUGAUAAUAAUAAUGAUAAUAAUAAUAAUGAUAAUAAUAAUAAUAAUAAUGAUAAUAAUAAUAAUAAUAAUAAUAAUAAUAAUAAUAAUAAUUAUAAUGAUAAUAAUAAUAAUGAUAAUAAUAAUAAUAAUGAUAAUAAUAAUAAUGAUAAUAAUAAUAAUAAUAAUAAUAAUAAUAAUAAUAAUAAUAAUAAUAAUAAUGAUAAUAAUAAUAAUGAUAAUAAUAAUAAUAAUAAUAAUAAUAAUAAUAAUAAUAAUAAUAAUAAUAAUAAUAAUGAUAAUAAUAAUAGGGGUAAUGCAUAUAGUAUUGUUAUUAAUAAUGAAAAUAAUAAUAUGGAUUAUUAUCAUAUAGUUAAUGGUAUAUACCAUAAGAGCAAAAAAAAACAUGAAAUUUAUGAUAAAAGUUAUGAGACGUAUCAUCAUAAUAAUUAUAAAUAUGAUGAUAAUAAUAAUGGUCUUUUCUCCAAAAUGGGGAAAAUUAAUCGUGUCUUAUCCUUUGAUUCAAUAAAGAAGAAAAAUUUUUUUGGGGAAGAUAAAAAAGGUAUUAAUAAUAAUAAUAAUAAUAAUAGUGGUCAAAUUUUAAAAUAUAAAAAAAAUAAUAAUGAUGAAUAUAGUGUUGAUAAUUAUUAUCAUACUUUAGAACGAUUAAGACAUUAUUCUUGUAAUGUACAAAGAAAUACAGAAAAUGAAGAUGAAGUAAUACAAAGAAAUGCAAGUGACAAUAUAUAUAAGAAAAGUUAUUUAUAUGUUGAGAACAAUAAUGAUGAUUAUAGGAACCAAAUGAAAAAUGAAGAAUCCGAUAAUGAAAAAAAGGAAAAAAAUAUGGAUAAUGAAAAUAAUGAUGAUGAGAAAGAUAAUUUAUUAGAUACUCAUGAUUCCUUUAUUAGUGAUUAUGAAAAUGGUUUGGAAAAUUUUAAGUUACCUUCAAGUCAUGAAUUAAAUGAUGAUAUAAAGAGAAAAGGAGAAAAGAAAAAAAAGAAAAAAAUCAAUUUUCAAGAUGAUUAUGAUGAAAAAGAAGAAGAAAAUGAUUUGUCAAAUAAUAAAAAAUUAGAUAAGAUUUACUAUUAUUAUAAAGACGAGAAAUGUAAAGAGGAUAAUAAAGAAAAUAUUGUUGAUAAUAUAAUGAAAGAAUCUUCUGGUGGAGAAGAUGUAAAAAAUGAUAUGAAUGAAAAAAAUAUAACCUGUGAAGGAAGGCGAGAAAUUUGUGCUAAUAAAGAUAUGGAAAGAAAAAAUGAUAUGAAUAAUUUAAACGAAAAAGAACGAAAUAAUAAUAUGAAAAAAUGUGGUUUACCAUUAAAUAAUGAAGAAAAUAAACAUUUAGAACAAGAAUUAUAUAACAAAUUUUAUGAAAAUAAAAAUCCAAAUAACGCAUAUCCAAAUGUAUAUAAUUUAGACGAUGCUACCGAAUUAACAGCAUUAUUAAAUGAUGAUGGGAAACAUGAAAUAAGGAAGUUAUUGUGGGCUAUUAAUAAUAAUUUUGGAAAUGAUGUAGAAUUUGCUCCAAUAAUACCUAAUUUAUGUAUAGUGUUGUUAAUAUAUUUUAAAGCAUCUGUUGUUUAUUGUAUUAUACAUUGUUUAAUAAAGAAAGGUAUUGAUAGUGUGCGAAAUAAACAGUUACCUUUUUUUAUAUAUAAAAGAAAGGAUUUUGUAAAAUAUGUCAAGUACAUAUUAAAUGCUUUUAUUCAAUUUUUGCCUAAAUGUUAUCAUUAUUUAAGAAAAUUAAAUUUUGAUUUAGCUGCAUGGACAGCAAGAUGUAUACAAGAUGGAUUUUCAAGAAUGUUACCUUUUGAUUUUGUUUUAAGAAUAUAUGGAAUAUAUUUAUUUGAAGGUCAAAAAACCUUAUGUUUAUAUUGUUUAGCUUUAUUAAAAUUUCUAGAAAAUGAUAUAUUAAAAUGUACUAAUAUUGAAGAAGUAGAAAAUAUUUUAUAUCAUAUAUGUAUGCAUCCAUAUUUAGAUAUAAAUGAACUAACGCAAAUAGCUUAUAGAUUUAAAUUAAAAAGUAAAGAAAAACAUUUGAAAUUUUCAACAAAAUGUCCAUCUCCUUAUUUAAUGAAUGUUAAAUUGAAAACAUUUUAUAGACCAAGAUUAAAUGAUAACUCAACCUUAAUUAAUUCAUUUCACUGGGAAAAUAUAUGGGAAAAAAUUCCUAGUAAUAUUAGAUCACUUGAUCCAUUUUUAACAUAUGCUUCCAAAAAAGAUGGAUAUAAUUUGCAAAUGUUAUUAGAAAAAACAGAAAGAAAUAAAAAAAAACCUAUGAUACUUAUAUUGAAAACAUUUGAUUGUGAUUUAAUAGGUUUCUUUUGUCCAUUUUCUUUAAAUAGAGAUUAUAACUUUGUUAGUACAUCAGAUAAAAGUUCAGCUUUUAUUUUUACAUUUAAUUCAAAUUUUAACUUUUAUAAAUGGUCAGGUAAAAAUAAUACAUCAGUAUUAAUUAAAGAUGGUAUCUAUAUAGGAGGUAAUGAUAUUGCUAUCUAUAUCGAUAAAGAUAUUAAAGUUGGAAAAACAAAUCCAUCUGACUCUUUCUUAUCACCUCCUCUAAUAACAGAUGGUAAUGAUUUUAAUAUAAUGGAUAUUGAAAUAUGGAACUUGAAAUAG